CUACAGAGGAAUCAUUCAUGGUCAGUGAACAAUUUCCUGAUGACUGGUCCAAAGGCUUACUUGAUCUACUCCAGCAGCGUGGCAGCUGGUGCCCAGAGUGGUAUUGAAGAAUGCAAAUACCAGUUUGCCUGGGACCGCUGGAACUGCCCUGAGAGAGCCCUGCAGCUGUCCAGCCAUGGCGGCCUUCGCAGUGCUAAUCGGGAGACAGCAUUUGUACAUGCCAUCAGUUCUGCCGGGGUUAUGUACACUCUGACCAGAAACUGCAGCCUUGGGGAUUUUGACAACUGUGGCUGUGAUGACUCCCGCAAUGGGCAACUGGGGGGCCAAGGCUGGCUAUGGGGAGGCUGCAGCGACAACGUGGGCUUCGGAGAGGCAAUAUCCAAGCAGUUCGUCGAUGCCCUGGAGACAGGACAGGAUGCUCGGGCAGCCAUGAACCUGCACAACAACGAGGCUGGCCGCAAGGCGGUGAAGGGCACCAUGAAACGCACGUGUAAGUGCCACGGCGUGUCUGGCAGCUGCACCACGCAGACCUGCUGGCUGCAGCUGCCUGAGUUCCGAGAGGUGGGCGCGCACCUGAAAGAGAAGUACCACGCAGCUCUCAAGGUGGACCUGCUGCAGGGUGCUGGCAACAGCGCGGCGGGCCGCGGCGCCAUCGCAGACACCUUUCGCUCCAUCUCCACGAGGGAGCUGGUGCACCUGGAGGACUCCCCAGACUACUGCCUGGAGAACAAAACGUUAGGACUGCUGGGCACAGAAGGCAGAGAGUGCCUGCGGCGCGGCCGGUCUCUGGGCCGCUGGGAGCGCCGAAGCUGCCGUCGGCUCUGCGGGGACUGUGGGCUAGCGGUGGAGGAGCGCCGCGCCGAGACCGUGUCCAGCUGCAACUGCAAGUUCCACUGGUGCUGCGCGGUCCGCUGCGAGCAGUGCCGCCGCCGGGUCACCAAGUACUUCUGCAGUCGCGCGGACCGGCCGCGGGGGGGCGCGGCGCACAAACCCGGGAGAAAACCCUAA